CCCGUAAUCGCUGCAUUCUACUGCCAAGUGUUGAAUAGCAGUGCUAGAAGCCUUACAGCGGCUUGUGCUGAAAGCAAUCCAGUCUUAAUGAAAUCGGGAAAAAAUUUUGAAAGCCUGUAAGGUAUUAAACUGAAUGUCCAUCAGAGUGACAUAUUAUCCGAUUACACUGGACACAGUUUUCUUCAUUUUUAUUAUAUAAACUGUGGAGUUCAUUACUGUGAAUGAAAUGACAGUGUUCAGAAUGGCAAUAUCACAGACUGUGAUGGCUACAGUCAGACAUCCAGCUGUUAAAAAUCAAAGGAAUCAUAAAACACCAACUCCAGUUCCAUUUUCAUCAUGCAUAGGCCCUAGCUGGUUGUUACAAAAUAGACCAUACUCAGUAAAACAGAUCACAAAAAAUAUUGAACUUAUUAGUGCUCAUAAUGACAUCCAGAUCGAUAAAAGUUCACCUCUUCACCUCACUCACCCCAAAAUUGGUGAAAAUAAUACGCCUCUGGUGGUGAUGCUAUCUUGGCUAAUGGCCAAGAAGAAACAUAUCCUAAAAUAUGCCAACUUUUAUAUAGAUCAAGGUUUCGAUGUGCUUAGUGUCAGCAUUACACCAUGGCAAUUGCUUUGGCCAGUGAAGGGCACCCAGGUGGUUGCAGGGGACGUCCUAAGAUUUCUAUAUCUGAAUGGGUGUUACCAGCAGUGUCUCCUACAUGGAUUCUCAGUUGGAGGGUACUUAUGGGCAGAAGUUAUGGUAAAGAUGUCACACAACCAAGAAAGGUAUCAGCCAGUGAUUGACCGCAUUGUAGGCCAUAUAUGGGACAGUGCGGUAGAUAUAACCGAGAUUCCUGUGGGGUUUCCCAGAGCAGUGUUUCCCAACAACACAGUCCUUCAGGCAACUGUUGAGAAAUACAUUAGGUAUCACAUGAAGACAUUCCGUGAUGCAGCCACAGUUCAUUAUGAAGUGGCAAGUCGGACAUUUCACUCAACACUUCUGAGGUCUCCAGCCCUCAUGCUGUUCUCAAAAACAGAUCCAAUAGGCACCGAGGAGUCCAACAGGAAGGCUUAUGAAAAUUGGGAAAAGUUGGGACUGAAGACAUAUGUCAAAUGUUGGGACCAGUCUCCACACGUAGGCCACUUCCACAAGCACCCAAAGGAGUAUCUAGCGGAACUAUAUGCCUUCUUGGACAGACUGGGACUUGUUGCCUAUCCAGAGAAGAUUCAAGCAAAGCUUUAAGCAAUCUGAAGUUGAAUGCUUUUAUGCUGUUCUGACUCAACACAGCCCAGUAGAACUUCACACAUUUUGGAACAACAUACAAUCGUGACAAUCAAAAUAUUCAGAUGCUUUUUUAGAAUAUCAUGUUUUAGUCAUUAAUUUUGUAAAUUACCUGGUCAAGUGGCUGAGAUUAAUUAUGUCUUUCUUAUAGACUCAAA